AUGCCUGUCCGUCCCUUCGAUGACUGGGCUGUGGGCCGUACCCAGUCCCUCCCACUCUCCGCCCUGAAAGAUUCCGUCAUCGGUAUAGAUGCCUCGCACUACAUUCAACAGCACCUGGUAAACCAGUCGACCCGCGAAGCCCUUUUAGGUGCCUUAGGUGGCUUUCCAUUUGCUCUAAAGAGCAACAUCGAGAAGGAACUGCAGGCCCUCAAGAACCUUGGCAUCGGCUGCGUCUUCGUUUUUAACGGACUCGAAUUUGGCAAAAGAGAUCAUCGUCUCUCGGCAUCGCCAUCAUCAGUGCGCUCUUUCGAGCAAGCUUGGGAGCUCUAUGACCAGCAGCAAGCCGACCAGGUAGUCGACGCCUUCAGCAGUGCCGGUAGGACCACUUUUUCUCUUGACUUCUUACCACAAUGGUCGAAAACGCCGCCUCUUUACGAUCCGUGGACAUGGGCGAACGACCCAAAUUCCCCAAUUUUGACUGACGAAUAUACACACCCAGGGACACCACCACCGGAAACCCUCUUCAAAUUCCUGAGACGUAUCUUGAACCAGAAUGGCAUCUCUUCCAUCGUGGCGCCUUACAGCGCGGUCGCACAGCUCGCGUACCUCUAUCAUGGCCCCAACCCCGUCGUGGAUUCCAUAUAUGCACCAUCCGAAGCCUUCCUGUUCGAUAUCGAUAAGCUGAUCACUCGCAUUGAAGCUGAGGCUGGCCAAUUCAACUGGCUCACAAAGCAAACCUGCCAAGAGGAACUUGGACGUUUGUCAAACGAACAAUUCCUCGAAUUCCUUCUGCUUCUGGGUUCAUCUUUCCUGCAUCCAUGUCCUCUUUUCGAGAACCCCGCAUUCCCCGGGAAGCUUCCCAACAUUCGCGAUGCCCUGCCAAUGUUCAAUUCUGCCGGGCGAACUGCUUUGGGCAUGUGCGCUCAAUACGAGGAAGAUCGCCGCAUGGUCGAGUUUCAAUAUGUAGACCGUUACAAGCGGGCAUAUAUGAGCGUGAAGCACCACGUCUAUAUGAAUGUUGACGGACAGGUUGUUCCUUUGGAGCCCGAGACUACCUCUUCGGAUCUGCAUGAGAUCAUCGGCCAGCGCCUUCCGGAAGAGCUCUACUUUUACUUAUCCAAGGGCCUCCUUGGCCCAGAUGUACCAAACUACUUGACCUUGGGGGAGGUGCGGCUUUCCCUCCCGCUAGGUGCCGAGGACACCGAGAUCUUCCGCCAGCUUGUAGGCGACACUCUCACUCCGAUCCGGACACAGUCCAUCUGCCUAUUGGCAAACUCGCUUCACCGAUUCUACCAAACUAAAGUGAUUGACAUCAUCCCAUGGUUUGAUGAGAGCUCAAAGCGCAAGAUCAGCUUGAAGGGAAUUCCCUCCGUGAAGGAGACCAUUCAGUCGUGGAAAAUAUCCUCUAGUCAGUUCCCAGAGAGUGUUAAGAAGUUGCAAGCGCCGCUUGGCUCUUUCAAAUUUGCCGUGCAGAGCCUGAAUACCGCAGACUUUGUGCCCAAGUCAUUUGCUACCAAAGAAACCCCAGUUUUAUCAUCACAAGAGGACAUCCGAGCUAAUGUUAUGUGGCGAUUCCUGCAACUGCGCGGUUAUGUCGAUGAUAAGCAUAAGCUCACGGCUUGGGGCAAAUGCCUGGAACAAGCGCUGUCAAACGUCGACCCUGCGGAUAAUUUAGAGGAUGCGAUAUUCACUGCCAUCGAGAUGCUUCGCUUUGACCUUCUGAAUACCAAGGAUUGGUUCUCGCAUGUAUCCGGUGGCCCCAUGAGAGGAUCUGAGGACGAUAAGACUUUCAACAUGCUCGUGUCCCGUGUUGCAUGUAUUGCUAAGUUACAGCAUAAGAGUAUUGGUUACUCCGGUCCGUUGAGCCGACAGCUUCUUUGCUAUCGCUCUUUGAUCUCCGAGGUGCGCCAUGCGCUGAGGAACCUAAUUGAAGUGGUCUUGACCGGUCUUUUCCUCGGCGGAGACGCCGACAGAGACCGCAAAGAUUGGACCGAAAUGGCGAUGAAAUUGCCAUUUAUUGAUGAUAAUGACUGCGGACUCGGAAUCGCCGUUCGCACCUACCUGGAUGAUCUCCCCUUGCAGGCAGAUCCCACCUCACCCGAGGCUCGGGCAGAGGUGAAGUCAAAGGGCAAGGAAUGGUUCCAACACAGUGAGAGCUUCACAGGAAACCUAGAUCAAGCUUUCAAGCUAUGGGACGCGGUCUACAAGGGUACUCAGACAGCAGGCAAUGAGCUCAAAGACACGAAGUUGUGGGACAAUGCGAACAAGUGGCUGUCGGACCGACGGUAA